AUGGAGGAGAGCCCUCUCUACGUUCACAAGGAAUUUCAGACCGACGAAGUUGCUACUGAUCACUGGGAGAUAGCCCGAUCUCGAGUGCAUUUGGGCGCUCUGAUUGGAAGCGGUGCUUUUGGGCGCGUGCAUGCCGCCCACCUAGACAUGCCAGGCGGGGAAACCAUCACUGUAGCAGCUAAAAUGCUAUGUGAUACUGCAACUGAAGAAGAAAUGCAAGACUUCCUGCGAGAGAUUGCGAUGCUUAAACACGUUGGUUCACACAAGCACGUCAUCAGACUGAUAGCGUGUUGCACGCGACGGUCACCACUUAUAGCGUUAUUAGAACACGCACCAAGAGGUGACCUACUAACUUUGCUCAGAGCGGCGAGAGGCAGACGAAAUAUCGAAGUUCAGAAAACGACUGAAGAAUCUGAACGUAGCGUAAAUGGACGCCCGUCUGAAGCUGACACAGAGUACACGAAUCUUAGUGACUCAGACCCUCCUCUGUAUGGGAAUUUUGAUGAAAAGUCAAAUGACAGUACAAUCCAGAGGAAGACCAACGACCAUUACGUAGCCGAGCCAGCGUUACAGUUAGAUAGUACUAUUAUGCGAGACUAUGCGCUACAGGUUGCUUUGGGAAUGAGACAUUUAGAAGACCGGGGAAUUACACAUAGAGACCUUGCUGCUCGUAAUAUAUUAGUUGAUGGAGCGGGAGUGUUAAAGGUAGCAGAUUUUGGGCUCUCUAGAUCGGGGGUCUACGUGCACACACGGUCCCGACCAGUCCCACUCCGGUGGCUUGCCCCAGAAGCUAUAUAUAGUUCAAGCUAUUGCAGUGCGAGUGAUGUUUGGGCUUUCGCUGUUUUGCUGUGGGAGAUAGCUACAUUAGGUGGCUUUCCCUACGCAGAAUUAAGUAACCAAGAAGUACCACAAUACUUAACCGAAGGACGUCGAUUACCAAAGCCAGCUCGAGCGUCCCCAAGUCUAUAUCAACUUAUGAUAGUAUGUUGGUCAGAAAACCCUCAGGAUCGACCGACCUUCGCAGAAAUAGUGGAUAAAUUGACUGUCCAGCAACAACUAUACGUGGAUCUUGACUGUGUAUUUCCUCCUAUAGAAGAUAAUUUUACAAAUCCUACUGAUUAUAACUUUACUAUAUUCAACGGUGUACACGUCGACCGA